UCCAGGUUCCACAAGCUUUGUGGCCGCCGGCUGGUUUUUGCGGGGGCGGGGGGCGCGGUCUCCCAGUGUCAUGGGACUGGGGCUAGGUGGGGCGCGUCACUAGCUCGGCGGAGCAGGAUGGCGGCGGAGUGGGACGCCGAGGGGCGCGCGGCGGCUCGGCCUCUGCUCACCGACUAUUACCAGGCCACCAUGGCGCUGGGCUACUGGCGGGCAGGCCGGGCGCUCGACCCUGCCGAGUUCGAGCUUUUCUUCCGCCGCUGCCCAUUCGGCGGUUCCUUCGCCCUGGCCGCGGGCUUGCGCGACUGCAUGCGCUUUCUGCGCACCUUCCGUCUUCUGGACGCAGACGUGCAGUUCCUGGCCUCGAUGCUGCCCCCAGACACGGACCCUGCGUUCUUCAAGCACCUUCGGGCCCUUGACUGCUCCGGGGUGACCGUGCGAGCCCUUCCUGAGGGCUCCCUUGCUUUCCCAGGCGUUCCGCUGCUUCAGGUCUCAGGGCCGCUCCUGCUGGUGCAGCUGCUGGAGACGCCGCUCCUCUGCCUGGUCAGCUAUGCCAGUCUGGUCGCCACCAACGCAGCCCGGCUUCGCCUGAUUGCAGGGCCAGAUAAGCGACUGCUGGAGCUUGGCCUGCGGCGUGCUCAGGGCCCAGAUGGGGGUCUCACAGCCUCCACCUACAGCUACCUGGGCGGGUUUGACAGCAGCAGCAACGUACUUGCUGGGCAGCUGCGGGGUGUGCCGAUGGCUGGAACCCUGGCCCACUCCUUCAUCACUUCAUUUUCAGGCAAUGAGGUGCCCCCUGACCCGAUGUUGGCUCCAGCUGCUGGCAAAGGCCCCAGGGUGGACCUGGUUGCCAGGGUAAAGCUGUGGCUGGAGCGAGUGUGUGCACACCUGGGGCUGGGGUUGCAAGAGCCCCACCUGGGGGAGCAGGCAGCUUUUGUGGCCUAUGCUCUGGCCUUUCCCCGGGCCUUCCAGGGCCUCUUAGACACCUACAGUGUGCGGAGGAGUGGUCUUCCUAACUUCCUGGCAGUAGCCCUGGCACUGGGGGAGCUGGGCUACAGGGCAGUGGGUGUGAGGCUGGACAGUGGUGACCUACUUCAGCAGGCUCAGGAGAUCCGCAGGGUCUUCCGGACCACUGCUGCCCAGUUCCAGGUGCCCUGGCUGGAGGCUGUCCCCAUCGCUGUCAGCAACAAUAUUGAUGAGAAAGAGCUGGCCCGACUGGCCCAGGAGGGCAGUGAGGUAAAUGUCAUUGGCAUUGGCACCAGUGUGGUCACCUGUCCCCAACAGCCUUCCCUUGGCUGCGUCUACAAGCUGGUGUCUGUGGGAGGUCAACCUCGAAUGAAGCUGACCGAGGACCCUGAGAAACAGACAUUGCCAGGGAGCAAGGCUGCUUUCCGGCUCCUUGGCUCUGAUGGGUCUCUGUUGAUGGACCUGCUUCAGUUGGCAGAAGAGCCACCGCCCCAGGCUGGGCAGGAGCUGAGGGUUUGGCCUCGAGGGGCUCAAGAGCCCUGCACCGUGAGGCCCGCCCAGGUGGAGCCCCUGUUGCGACUCUGGCUGCGCCUGGGAGAGCUGUGUGAGCCGCUCCCGUCCCUGUCAGAGUCCAGAGCCUUUGCCCAGCAGUCCCUGAGCCGCCUCAGCCCUGCGCACAGACGGCUGCAGAGCCCUGCACUGUACCAGGUUGCUCUCUCUGAAAAGCUUCGGGCCCUGGUGGACAGUCUGAGUGCUGGAGGCCUCCUGUGAGAAUCCUGGGGUCGGGGGGAGUGCUGCCCGGAAACAACAUAAAUCUUUCAUUGUC